UUAUCUCAAACAUUUACUGCCUUAAAUUAUUCCCAAUUGUUAUUAAACUUGUCCAUAAAUAAUUUAAAAUCAAGUAGUAAACUGCAAUUUCUUAUGCCAUUCUGCACUUUAGAUAUUUACAUUCCCGCUCAUCGAAUCAACAAGUAAAAAUAUUUAUAAAAUUGUCGGCACAUUUUUCCCAACCAACAGAUCGAGCCGAUCCUCGCCCAUUUCCCCGUGCCAUUUUCCCCGUGACAUUUUCCCAAAACGGUGAGAAAACCCGGCAAAGAAUAACCCAAAGAGCGGACCAGAGUCAAGGCUCUCUUUAGCCGUGCGGAUGGGAAAAUGCAAACGCAUUUUGCAGCCGCCGCUGCUGGAGGAAAAUGCAAUUGAAAAAUACCCCGCCGACUGACGUCAUACCUGCGGCAUCGCAGCAUCCGCCAUUGGGCUAGAGCGAGAUGGCCAUUGAGCACAGCGAGAGUGGGAGCGAGCGAGACGAAUAUAUGAGCGGCGGCAGCGAAUGGCCGUCGAGCAGCCGCAAAAUGUCAAUUUGAGCAAUGGCCAUAAGGAUCGUGCGUCAGUUGCGUUCCGUCAGUGCGUGCGAUCAGAUCUCUAUCGGGGCGAACGAAACACAUAUUAAAUAUAUAGUAUAUAUCGACGAUAAUAGAUAUAGUUAUUUAUCAGAAAGUGUGUGCCAAAUAAUUAACCAAAAUUCCUAUGCAAAUGAUGAGCGCUCGCUCGGUGUCGCCAAAAGUGCUGCUGGACAUUAGCUACAAGCCCACGCUGCCCAACAUCAUGGAGCUGCAGCACAAUGUGAUCAAGCUCAUCCAGGUGGAGCAUCAGGCUUAUAUGCAGUCCCCGGGCUAUCAGCAGCAUCACCUCACCCAUCAGCAGCAGCAGCAACAUAAUCUCUCCCAGCAACAGCAGCAGCAUAAUCUGCCCCAGCAACCUCAGUAUGCUCCUCUGCCCUCGGAGUAUGCGGCCUAUGGCCUGACGGAGCUGGAGGAUCAGGACUACAAUAUACCCAGCAACGAGGUACUCAGCACCAGCAGCAAUCACAGUGCCCAGAGUAACAGCCUGGAGCUGAACAACAAUAACACCACCACCACCAAUACCAGCAGCAGCAACAGCAAUGCAACUGCCAAUCCCACGGUUUUUGAGUCCUCCGGCUCCUCUUGGAAUGAGCAUGGCAAGCGGGCCAGGAGCAGCGGGGACUAUGACUGCCAGACUGGAGGCUCCCUGGCCAUGCAGCCCGAGCACAAGAAACUAAUCCAUCAGCAGCAGCAACAGCAUCACAUCUAUGUUGAUUACCUGCCCACCACAGUGGAUGAGGUGGCCUCGGCCCAAUCCUGUCCUGGAGUUCAAAGCGCCUGCAAUUCCCCUCACUCCCACUUUGAGUUCCCCGACGAAGAGCUGGCGGAGCACAAGUCCCAGAUCUUCCUGCCGCUCUACAGCAACCAACAGCAGCAGCAGCAGCAGGCACAGCAAGUGACCCAACAGCAGACCCAGCAGAAUCACUCCCAGCUGCACUUCCAGGCCGCCUACAGGCAGAGCUUCGAGGGCUAUGAACCGGCCAAUUCCCUAAACGGCAGUGCCUAUUCCAGCUCGGAUCGGGACGAUAUGGAGUAUGCCCGCCACACGGCAUUGAGUUCCGUCAAUGAUCUGAAUGGUGGCGGUGUCAUGUCACCCGCCUGUCUGGCGGACGAUGGUAGUGCCGGAAGUCUGCUGGACGGAUCAGAUGCCGGCGGUAAGGCCUUCCGGAAGCCGCGACGGCGGCUGAAGCGGAAGCCCAGCAAGACGGAGGAAACGGAUGAGUUUAGUAACCAGCGAGUGAUGGCCAAUGUCCGGGAACGGCAACGCACCCAGAGUCUCAACGAUGCCUUCAAGGCGCUGCAGCAGAUCAUCCCGACACUGCCCAGCGACAAGCUUAGCAAGAUCCAGACUCUUAAACUGGCCACAAGAUACAUUGACUUCCUGUGCCGCAUGCUCAGCUCGAGUGAUAUAUCCCUGCUGAAGGCAUUGGAGGCGCAGGGAUCUCCCUCGGGAUACGGAUCGGCUGCCUCGCUGCUGAGUGCCGCAGCCAAUGGGGCGGACGCGGAUCUCAAGUGCCUGCGGAAGGCCAAUGGAGCACCGAUUAUUCCGCCCGAGAAGCUUAGUUACCUGUUUGGGGUGUGGCGCAUGGAGGGCGAUGCCCAGCACCAGAAGGCAUAGCAGCGGAUCGAGCUUUCUAUAUAGAUAUUAAGGAUCCAGGAGGGGCUUCCAGCUGCAACAAUCGUGUGAAUUCCAGAGCCCUAGCCGCGCUCACUCUUCAAUUCUCUGUCACUCUUUCCAUAUACGCAUAUGUGUCGAUUAGAUGUCUAAGCCUAAACUUACGUUAAAAGCCUAUUUAAUUACAUAGUCUAAACUAAAUUAAUUGUAAAGAAGCAACAACAAAAAUAAUGGAGAAACAAAGCCAAGAAACAAAGAA